AUGGCCUCCGCUCGUGUCUUCACCUCCCGCCUGGCGUCCCAGAUGGCCGUCAAGGCCGCUCGCCCUGCUGUGCGUGCCCCCAUCGCUGCCGUCAGCAAGCGAACCAUCACUGGCCAGACCAUGAAGCGCCAGCAGGCCUCCACCCUCCUCCAGGCCACCACCCGCAACGCCUUCCAGGUCCAGCGCCGCGCCUACUCCUCCGAGAUCGCCCAGGCCAUGGUUGAGGUCUCCAAGAACAUUGGUAUGGGCUCUGCCGCCAUUGGUCUUACUGGUGCUGGUAUCGGUAUCGGUCUCGUCUUCGCUGCCCUCAUCAACGGUGUUGCCCGCAACCCCGCUCUCCGUGGCCAGCUCUUCUCUUACGCCAUUCUUGGUUUCGCUUUCGUCGAGGCCAUCGGUCUUUUCGAUCUCAUGGUUGCCCUCAUGGCCAAGUUCACCUAA